AUUAUAUCAGAAAAGAUGGAGGAAAUCCCCUUUAGUGAAGAAAAAGCUGAGUUUUAUUAUGAAAGCUUUGGAACUAUUGAUGAAGAAGAAGCUAUUAUAGCUGCUCAAAAUCAAGACUAUAGUCUUUACAAUCUCUUUAGAACCAUACAUAGAGCAAAAGGAGUCAAGAUCUGAGAAGCUAUCCAAAUGAUGAACUUCCCGUAUAUUGGUGUUUACGGAGACAUCUAUGAAUUCAUGCCCGUGAUAAGUUUUGUAAAAGCAGAUAAUGCUCAAGACUGUAGAAAUAUUCUUCCUCAAAAGGCCCAAGAUGCAUUAGCAAAGCUUCAAAAUGACCAUGAUUUCAGAAUAGAGAAUAUCAACUAUUUUUGUGUUAAUCAUAGUUCCACAAUGUUUAGAGAAAGAUAUAUUUACGAUCAUUGUGAAAAAUAUGCAAGAUUUAACAUGGUGUUUCAUCCACAUUUCAUGGAUUACCUCAAGCCAGGUGUCGAAGAUGAGAAAUAAGUAUGUUAUGGCUUCACUCUACACUGAUGACGACAUUGACUAUGGUCUAAAAUAGAAGUGAAUGUAGUCCAAUAAUGAUUAACUCAGAAAAUCUUUUCACAGAAGAAAAUUGGAUUGAACUUUACAUUCACAAAGCAGAGGAUCCUAACAUGGUAGCUAUCUCUCCCGAUAAUGCCAGUGUCUUAAUUGAUCUUUCAUGUCCUUUAGUACACUUUUAUUCCAUUGCCAUCGAGCUAGAGGAGCAUCGAAAAGCAAUGAAAGUCUUGGUUACUUCCCACUGAGUCUUUGACCAAACUUGUAUGCUAAAUAAUUUCCCCAAGAAUUGGUUCAUCGAUUCUAAUGGCUCAAUAAACCAAGAAAAUUGUAAAACAACCUCAGAGUUUACUCCAGAUUACAUAACCAACAAAGGCAUUUAAGAUAUCUUCCUUGAUGAGAUCUGCAUCAAGUCAUAGCUUUGAUGAGAUUAAACUGUUCAUAGAGUUUUGGGCAUGGAAUGCAACCACAGAAGGGAACGUCGCUUCAGAAUUAGACUAUGCACAGUUUCUAGAAGAGAGGGAUGCCAAAGAGUCAUUCAGACAUAAAUUCUUGAUCAUUGAUGGCUUUUUAGAUGCCUUUUACAUGCUAGUAUGGGCAAGAUUUGGAGCACCGAUGAUUCCAAACUAUGGUGAGAGAUAUCUCCAAGAAUGCCAAUCAACAGAAUACCUCAUUUUCUUGUUCCAAGGAUUUGCUAAAUUUAUUGCACACAAAUAUUAUAAGGCCGGAAAUAUCCAACUCACCAUGGCUCGAGACUUUAUUGAUGAAGGAGCUUAUUCUCAGUGUCAAAUUGACCUUGUUGAUAUCAAGAAUCUGCUGAUGUUUGGUGUAGGAGAUAACCUUGAAAAAUUGGAAAAACCAGAAAAUCCUUAUGAGAGAGCAAUUACAAGACACUUGGAUUCUUUGGUAUCAAAUCCAGAUAGCCAAGAAAUCUGGGUUGAAACAUUAAUGCAGAUUCCAAAAAUAAUGCAGGAUCUUCUCUUCACUAGUAUUUGGAAUCUUCACUCUAAAGUUAAUGGAAUUCAUCCCGAUUUCGGUAGAGUUUCUUAUCUAAACCUCCCUGAGAUAAGUGAAAGCUAUUGGACGUCUCAUGAGCAAAGAAUCUUAGAGGUUAAAAAUCUUCUGUCUCUUAUUAAAAGUGGAGAUGACAGAAUAUAACCAUCAUAUUUCGUAUCCGAAUACAAAUUAAAUUCA